AAAAUACAUCGAGAAGACGCGUUCUUUAAAUCUGUUUGUCUCCUUUAUCCUAGAAUAAUCAAUUCGAGUUUUAUCAAAGAAAAUGCCGAAAAGGAAACACCAGGAAUUAGAAGAAGACACGUUAGAAACAGGAAAUGUCGACCAAGGAGAUUUUUCUGACGGAGAUGACAGUGGUGAAGAUGAUGAAAAAACUGAAAAGUAUGAGAUGAUGCGAGAAGAUGAUAUAGAAGGCCAAGAGGACCCUACCCAAGAAUUUGAUGGAGAAGUUCAGAUUACACCAUUUAACAUGAAAGAAGAAAUGGAAGAAGGGCACUUCGAUAAAGAAGGGACAUACAUUUUUGGAAAGCGGGAGAAAGAUGAAGUGAAAGACCAUUGGCUGGACAACAUAGAUUGGGUUAAAGUGAAUUCUCAAGCAGCUUCCAACAAAAAUCCAUCAGAUGAAGAAAGUAUGGAUACAAAUGAUUACUUGAAGAAAUUUGAUCCCAUUCCUGUAUAUAAAGAAAUGCUGGCCAUACUUUUACCUGGUGAAACAGUUCUAAAAGCUUUGAAAAGAUUAGGAGGUGGUAAAGUUCAAACAGCAUCUGAGCGAUGGAAGAAAAAGAAAAAGCAGCAAGACGAAGGAGACCACCAAACAAAUGAAUUGAAUAAGGAAAACAUAGCCAAAUUAACUGAACAUGCGAAUAGCAUUCUUUCUAAUAUGGGAAACAUGGAUGUUUAUCAAGAAACUUUUGAAGGGAUACGUUUCAAGAUUAAAAAAUCAGAAGAACCUGUGACGCAAUCGACAAAUGAUCUCGAUAUGUUUGGAGAUAUGUUCGAUGAAAAAAAUAAAGCUGACUCCAAUAAACGGGAAUCGGAGUCAGUCCAAGGAGAACCCAUUACCAAGAAGGUUCGGUUUGAUGAAGGCGAAGGUCAAGCUAAAGAAGACGAAGUAAAACCAGAAACUGUACAAUGGGAAUUCAAAUGGAAACAAGAAGAAGAUGCAGAAAUACACGGACCGCAUAGCACAUCAGAGAUGCUUGACUGGGUAAACCAAGGAUACUUUGAAUCGGGUGUUUGGGUUCGCCGUGUCGGACAACCAGGAGAUUUCUAUACCUCACGGCGAAUCGAUUUUGAUCUAUACCUUUGAUUCGUAUAAUAAUACAUGUCCUUUCACUUUUA